AAGGUGACACCCACCUCUCCUCUUCUGCGCCGGUGUGUUGUAGCACCGCCCCAGUUCCGUUCCCGGUGGAGAUUUGUCUCCGGAAAACUUUUCUCCUGCUUUCUUGUUACUUUUUUGCGCCUUGUUUAGGACACGGCAAUGAAGAUUCCCUCCUCGUCUGACGGACUUUACCUGUGAUCACUUUCAGCGUGUGAAUCCGGGAGGACUCCAAACGUAAGACAACGGUGGAAAAUACUUUGAACGCUGACUGUGCGUUCAUGAAGCCUGUGUUCAGAUCCAGACUGAGCAGGCGACACUUUUCAGCAUCUAUCGAAUAACAAGCAGGAUAGCAUCAGCUCUCUGCACGAUGUCCUCUAGAGGUAGAACCGACUUGUGCCGAAUAUGUGGUGGAUCUCUCCAGGGAAACCAACGGCGGUGGCUGUUUGGGGGCCAAAAUAAGAAGACGGGUCAGCCUCAGACCCCGACAGAGUCCUUGAGAGGAGGAAGUCUGUCCCAGUCCACACAGAGUGGCCUCUGGGGCAGCACAUCAUCUCUGGGCUCCCCAGCAUCGCUCUCAAAGUCCCAGUUGUCAUUGAGCACCACGUCCAAAGGAGUGGAUCUGCUCUCGGUGUUGAGCCACAUCUUAGGGCAAUCUGUACCUCGAGGUGGCGGGCAGGGGGAGUUUGUGUGUGGCAAAUGUGUAUGCGUCCUUGAACGGGUGUUCAAGUUCGACUCAGUGAUAGCCAGGGUGAAGGUGCUUUCAUCCGAGAGGCUUCAAAAGCUCAUGCAGGAGAAGGACAAAAUCAGACAGUGGGUGCGCCAAAACUACCACCAGAGACAUCCGUGGGAGUUCCAGAGCAGGGACAGCACCAGCGAGGAGGAUGGAGAGGCAGAGAAGGAGGGCUACAGGGAUAUGCUUAAAGAGAACAUGGCACUCUCAGAGUAUGAGUGCUGGUCCGAGAAGUGGGACACAUGUCCGUAUUUUGUAAGAACAGGCAAAAGAUGCAGAAAGGGCAAAGGAUGUGAAGGCUGCGAUUCCCUGCGGGUGUCGGACUCGGCUUAUGAGUCAGUUUGUGGUGUUCCUCGCCACUUACCUUUUCAACCCUUUUCCCCUUUGGCGUUGUCACGAAACAUAUCCCGGAGCAUGCCCCUUAACUGGCAGAAGGGGUCGUCCAGCAGAUCCAGCCCGGCUUCACUGGCAGGGUCCAGCCUCUCCUUAGGAGCAUCAUCCCGCACUGUGUCUAUUCAGUCUCUGGACUCUGAUGAUGGCAAUGACCCAUUUGACUCUCCAGGUGAUCAGUCAUUCAUCUUUUUGCUGAAGGAGCUGAGAAGUAUUGAAGGGAAGGCGGUCAGCUCGCCUUUGGGGAGUAGGAUCCCAGUUCUGGGCAGGAAGGACAAGAAGUACUCAGGAAAAACUGGAGUGAUGGUGUCACCCACAGUGAACAGGGAGCUGAACUAUGGGGAUGUGGAGAAUGGAGAGGAUGAAAUGGGUGAUGAGGAUGGGGAUGUUCUGACAGAGCUGAGAGACGAGUUCAUGCCUCUUCAUGGAGAGAGCACUACUGGCAGGGUUCACCACGCUGUUAGGCACCUGCGAGGCCAGCUGGACCAAGCUGUGUCCCGCAUCAGGACCCUGGAGGCCGAGCUGAAACAUGGGAGGAGCAAACCAGCUGAAUUCAAUGGAUCAGAAGACUGGGCCCCUCUGGUCAAGGAGAAGGGCGGCAAUUCCCUGCUGCAGAGCCUUACUCACUCCCUGCACAGCCGGGAGCGUCUGAUCCAGGAGUGUAUGGGUCUGAUCAGAAGACUGUGUUUGGAUAAGGGAGCCGGGAGUGAGCUGGCAAACAAGCUGAAAGAGAAACUAGCUGAGAAUCUGAAGGAAAUUCUUUCUGACAACAAGGCUGCUCUGGCGACUUUGAGAUCUGAAAUGACUGAGAGAGAGAAGGACAUGGAGAAAGAGAUUGAAGCACUGAGGAAGGCUGGGAGAGACCGGGAGAAAGACCUCGACGCGCUCAACACAGUGCUGCAGUGCAACCAGGAUGUUAUCAAUGACCUGCAAUCGGCUCUGAGGGAGAAGGAGCAAGUGUUGAAGGAUGUGGAGAAAGAGAGGGAGGUGUGGAGACAGAGGGACCGGGCCCUUGCUGCUGUGCUGCAGGAGAAGGAAGCUCUGGUCCAAUGCCUCAAGGAGGAGGUGGACAUCUGUCAUAAAGAUGUGGAGGCUCUCUCUGACUCUGGGACUGGGCAGGCAUCGGCAGGGAACAGGGCUGAGCUGGCAGCCUUGUUGAAGGACAGAGAAGUAAAUGGCGCCGCCUUGUGCCAGCAGGUGACCAAACUCACCACAGCCCUGCAGGAAUACCAGGACAUGGUGCAGAAGAGUCACCAUCAGAUGGUGUCCUCUCUGACGGCUCAACUCAGAGACACUCGGCAGGAGCUGAGGGAGAAGGAGAAGGAGAAGAAGGAGGCUGACAGGGCUUGGCAGAAAAUGAGAGAGGACAGAGAGCGAGAGGAAAGGAAACUGAAGAACCACCUGAAGAAGAGAGACAAACUCAUAGAGCAAAUCCUGUUCGAUGCUGAGGAGCGGGACCAUCUGUUCAGAGAGAUGCAGCAGAACCUGUCGAACAAGCAGGAACCUGUGACGGCCGUCAAACACACACUGUGACACCGUACUGACAAGAAAGUAAACUGCACAUGGAUGGAGGGAAAUGUUUGCACUUUCUGCACCACCUUUUUGCCUCAUCAAAAUAUUUAUCAUGGUGUACAUCAAGUCAAUUUAUAUUUAUCUUUCCAUGGUUUUUGAGGUUUGCACUUUUACACCUGCCCUGUUCUGGCAUAGGCUGAAGAAAAGUUGAAUUCCACUUAACUCUCAGGAGUGAAUUGGUAAUUUCAGACAACACAUGCUGAUUGUUUUCAGCAUGGAGAGAGAUGUUAGCUCUAGCUGUAUGCUGAAUACUUGAUUUAAAAGUUAUCCGGUGGCUGUAUUUUGUUAAUUUAUGGAUGCGGUGGGUCUAGGCAGGGAUUAAAUUUCAUUUCAUGGAGUGGGAUUGUUGCUGAUACAAACAUUUCUGAGUGGUACGAUUGUUUGUGGACCUGAGUGACACUGGUUAUGUCUUUUAGGACAGGUGUGGGUAUGAUACAAAGUUAAAGUACCUCCCUUUGUUCUAUGAAGCUCUUUCUAGUGGUGCUUUAUCUUUCUCAGUGCAGAUCUGCUGUGUUUGGCUCUCAUGCAGGGGAAAACUUAGGAGCAAAGUAAUAUUUUUAACCAUUUUUCAUUUUCUUCUUUUAUAUACUGUACAUCUGACCUUUUUGAGGCUAUUCUUAAUUAUUGUCUGUUUACACAUUUUUUACUGUUAUUCUGGGACUUAUUACUACGGACAUUUUCUUUCUUUAAGCUCAAGAGAAUUAAAAACUCUGAUCCAAACAACCGUGUCCACAGAUGCUGUU